AUGCCGCGAAGCGAGGCGGCCCUGGGCGGCGACGGCCGCGCUGCCCCCGCCGCCGGCGCAGCGCCGUGGUACGAGCAUGUGCUGCCGCGCAUGGCAGGCGCGCGCGCGUGGCCGGACGAGAGCGAGGCGGCCGUGACAGAGGCGUACCGCUACCUCGACGCGCACCCCGGCAAGGAAAUCCGCUCGCGCAUCAUCGAUGCCCUGCAGGCGUGGCUGCCGGUGGACGACGACGAGACGACCGUGCGCAUCAAGCAGUGGGUGCGCCGCCUGCACACGGCGAGUCUCUUGCUCGACGACGUCGAAGACAGCUCCGAGCUGCGGCGUGGCGUGCCAGCCGCCCAUACCAUCUACGGCGUGCCACAGACGAUCAAUACGGCGAACUACGUGUGCUUCCAGGUCGUCGCCGACAUGGUCCAAUGGCAGCCGAGGGCCGUGCCGGCCGUCACUGCCGAGCUCGUCGCGCUGCACCGCGGGCAGGGCAUCGAGCUCUUCUGGCGCGAGAGCCUGCAGUGCCCCAGCGAGGCCGAGUACGUCGAUAUGGUCGUCAACAAGACGGGCGGCCUCUUCCGCAUCGCCGUGCAGCUUCUGGCGUCCGCCGCGGGUGCCGAGGCUCGCGCACACGCACUCAUCCCCCUCGUCAACCUGCUCGGCCUCCUCUUCCAGAUCCGCGACGACUAUAUGAAUCUGCACAGCGGCUCCUCGCACGCCAAGGGGUUCUGCGAGGACCUCACCGAGGGAAAGUUCUCGUUCCCCCUCCUCCAUGCGAUUCGCACAGCUGCGCCGGACCGCACACUCCUGCACAUCCUCCGCCAGCGCACGCAGCACGUCGAGCCGAAGAAGUAUGUGCUUGACUACCUAUCGCGCGUCACGCACAGCUUUGACUACACACAUACGGUUCUCACGGCGCUCGAGGCGCAGGCGCGCACGGAGAUGGAGCGCCUCGGCGCCCUGUGGGGCGCGAAUCCCGCGCUUGCCGCCGUGCUCGACGCUCUGCACCUACCUCCGCCCUAG